CUGUUCGCUUUCCAAAUCUCUCUGAUCUAAAAUCUCCCGAACUCCGUCUUCACUGCAAACUGCAAGGGGGCGCCAAAAACCCCAUUAUCAAAAAAACCCCUUUCACCUGAGAAAACAAAAUAUAAAAAAACUAAAAAACAAAUUACAGAUUAACAAAUACAUCCAUAUCUCUCUCUCUCUCCUUCUCUGUAUUAUUUCUAUCUAUCGAUUGGUGUGGGCGGUUUAUUUAGGAUUUGAAUCGGAGCUAUGGAUCAUCAAAAUUCAGUGAAACAAGCCCUAAAUGCUCUUUAUCAUCACCCGCAAGAUGAGGUUCGCUCCAAAGCAGAUGAAUAUCUACAAGGCAUUCAACGCUCUAUUGAUGCGUGGCAGGUUGCCGAUAAUUUGCUUCAUGAUCCUACGAGCAAUAUGGAAACCUUAAUCUUUUGUUCUCAAACCCUUAGAAGCAAGGUACAAAGGGACAUUGAGGAACUGCCUUCUGAAGCCUUUAGACCAUUACGGAGUUCCUUAACAACGUUACUGAAAAAAUUUCAUAGGGGCCCCCCUAAAGUCAGGACUCAGAUUAGCAUUGCCGUUGCUGCCCUGGCUGUACAAGUUCCUGCAGAGGAUUGGGGAGAUGGUGGUAUUGUAAAUUGGCUUAGGGAUGAGAUGAAUUCUCAUCCAGAAUAUAUACCUGGAUUCUUGGAGCUGCUUACAGUUUUGCCAGAGGAAGUAUUCAACUAUAAGAUAGCUGCUCGUCCUGAAAGACGCCGCCAAUUUGAAAAAGAGCUGACUUCUCAAAUUGAGGUUGCUCUUAAUAUUUUGACAGCUUGCUUGAAGAUUAGUGAACUUAAGGAGCAGGUUCUUGAGGCAUUUGCUUCUUGGCUGCGACUGAAGCACGGGAUACCUGGUUCUGUGCUUGCUUCUCAUCCAUUAGUGCUUACAGCUCUCUCAAGCUUGAAUUCUGAGCUACUUUCAGAGGCGGCUGUAAAUGUUAUUUCGGAAUUGAUACACUAUACAACAUCAGGAAACUCCGGUGGUAUUUCGGUUCAGAUGCCUUUAAUUCAAGUACUUGUGCCUCAAGUUAUGAGUCUGAAGGAACAACUUCGGGAUCCUUCAAAGGAUGAAGAGGAUGUGAAGGCCAUUGCUCGAUUAUUUGCUGACAUGGGUGAUUCAUAUGUUGAGCUGAUUGCAACUGGUUCUGAUGAAUCAAUGAUGAUAGUGAAUGCAUUACUGGAAGUUGCUUCACAUCCAGAAUACGACAUUGCUUCCAUGACAUUUAAUUUUUGGCACAGUCUUCAAGUUGUCUUGACUAAGAGGGAUUCGUAUAUGUCAUUCGGUGAUGAAGUGUCCAUUGAAGCUGAGAGAAGUAGGAGGCUGCUAGUUUUCCGGCCAGCCUAUGAGUCACUUGUAUCCCUGGUUAGCUUUCGAGUUCAAUAUCCCCAAGAUUAUCAAAACCUUUCAAUUGAAGACCUCAAGGAUUUUAAACACACCAGAUAUGCUGUUGCGGACGUGUUAAUUGAUGCAGCAUCAGUUUUAGGGGGUGAUGCGACACUGAAAAUUCUUUACGUGAAACUUGCUGAGGCUCAAGCUUGCUGGGGGAAUGGGCAUAGUGAAUGGCGUCCAGCAGAAGCCGCUUUAUUUUGCAUCAGGGCUGUAUCAAGCUAUGUUUCAAUCGUUGAGGCUGAAGUAAUGCCGAAGAUUAUGUCUUUGCUGCUAGAACUUCCGCAUCAGCCCCAGCUGCUUCAGACAGUGUGCUUAACAAUUGGAGCAUAUUCAAAAUGGCUUGAUGCUGCAUCGGAUGGAUUACCAUUAUUAUCCUCAGUCAUGAAAAUUCUCAUGCAAGGCAUGGGGACAUCAGAAGAUUCUGCAGCUGCUGCAGCUGUGGCAUUCAGACACAUCUGUGAUGAUUGUCGAAGAAAGCUUUGUGGAUAUUUUGAUGACCUCUUCUCGAUAUACCAUCGGGCAAUAAUUGGGGAAGGUAGUUUUAGAAUCUCUGCUGAAGAUUCUUUGCAUGUGGUGGAAGCCUUAAGCAUGGUCCUUACAGAACUUCCUCCUGAGCAGGCUAAGCAGGCUUUGGAGAAAUUAUGUUUGCCAGUCGUUACUUCUCUACAGGGAGUCAUCAAUCAAGGUCCUGAAUUAUUGGAGAAGAGACCUGCGCGUGAGAUAACAGUUCACAUUGAUCGGCUUGCAUACAUCUUUAGGUAUGUAAAUCACCCUGAAGCUGUGGCAGAUGCUAUUCAAAGACUCUGGCCGCUUUUAAAAGCAAUUUUUGACCUUCGUGCUUGGGACAUGCGGACAAUGGAGUCUCUUUGUCGAGCUUGCAAAUAUGCAGUGAGAACAUCAGGUAGGUUCAUGGGGAUCACAAUUGGAGUAAUGCUAGAAGAGAUCCAAGCCCUUUUUCAACAGCACCAUCAGUCUUGCUUCCUUUAUCUCUCCAGUGAAGUAAUAAAGAUAUUUGGUUCUGACCCAUCUUGUGCAUUCUACCUUAACAAUCUUAUUGAAGCUCUCUUCAAGCACACAAUAUGUCUUCUAACCAAUAUCAAGGACUUCACUGCCAGACCUGACAUAGCAGAUGAUUGUUUUUUAUUGGCAUCGAGAUGCAUCCGUUAUUGCCCUCAAAUAUUUAUACCAUCUACUGUGUUUCCAUUGUUAGUUGAUUGCUCUAUGAUUGGUAUCACAGUACAGCACAGAGAGGCCUCCAAUUCCAUACUGACAUUCUUGUCUGACAUCUUUGAUCUGGCAAAGUCUAGCGUGGGGGAACAAUAUUUAUCCAUCAGAGAUAGUGUUAUUAUUCCCCGAGGUGCUAGCAUUACUAGAAUUCUGGUUGCAUCAGUAGCUGGAGCACUCCCUAGUUCUCGAUUAGAAACUGUAAUGUAUGCUUUACUAUCACUAACUCGUGCAUAUGGAGCAAGAGCAGUGGAGUGGGCCAAGGAGUGUGUUUCGCUAAUUCCGUUGACAGCAGUCACUGAAGUGGAGCGUGCAAGAUUCUUUCAAGCAUUGUCAGAUGCAGCAUCUGGGAUGGAUAUCAAUGCCCUGAUGUCUCCUAUUGAAGAACUUUCUGAUGUUUGUCGGAGAAACCGAACAGUCCAGCAGAUAGUUCAAGAGGCAUUGAGGCCACUAAAGUUGAAUUUGGUGAAUGUACAAUAGUGAAGGCAGAGAAAAAUAUGCAUUCUUAUUUAGGAUUCAUCUUUAGUCACGACGAGUCACAUGAGUAUAUUAGCUGUUUCAUUCAUUUUUAAUUUGUGUAUUAUUUCAUCAUUCUCCAAUUUUUUCAGGAGAAUCAUUUUGGUUUCACCUUUUAUUGGUUGGGAGAGAAUGGGUGAUUGUUGUAUUUUUAUUGUCGAGAUGUGGGAUGCUGAGUGGUUUGAACCGCACUGGCUUCAAUUUUUGGGGUAAAAUUUCAGUAUAAAGAUGUAAUUUGUGUGCAAUAGCGAAAAAAGAAAGAAAAGGAGAAACUACAACACAUGCCUUCUUUCCUUUAACA